AUGACAAACUCCAAGGUUUUUCUAGAUGUCUCAAUCGGCGGCGUUCCCAAGGGACGUAUGGUAUUCGAACUAUUCAACGAUGUGGUGCCCAAGACGGCUGGAAACUUCUACAAAUUGUGCGAGGGCCAGUCUGGUUUUAGCAAAAGCAGACCUGACGUGCCAUUGAGCUACAAGGGCUCCCUAUUCCACCGUGUCAUUAAAGGUUUCAUGCUGCAAUUCGGGGACUUCACCAAUUUUAACGGUACCGGAGGUGAGUCGAUAUAUGGCGAAAAAUUCGAAGACGAGAACUUUUCACUCAAGCACGACAGACCUUUCCUUUUGUCUAUGGCAAAUGCAGGUCCCAACACCAACGGCUCGCAAGCUUUUCUAACGUGUGUUCCCACUCCUCAUUUGGAUGGGAAACAUGUGGUUUUCGGUGAGCUGAUCCAGGGAAAAAGAAUUGCCCGCACGAUCGAAGGCAUUACCACGGACUCUGGAGACAAGCCCAAAGAGGACGUCAAGAUCGACGAUUGCGGCGUUCUUCCCUCGGACUACGUUGUUCCCGCAGAUGCAGAACAGACCCCUACAGACCAAUACGGCGACAACUACGAGGAAACGCUGGCCGACGACUCGAAGGUCGAUGUUGCUGACGUUGACUCCGUUCUAAAAGCCGUAAACGCUGUAAAAGACAUUGGCACCACACUGUUCAAAGCUCAGGAUUUCAAGGUCGCUCUGUCCAAAUAUGAAAAGGCCUCUUCUAUGAUUAAGCAGUUUUUCCCCGAAGACCUGAGUCCCGAGAAAACGCGUGCUGUCGACCAGUUGCGUAUCUCGCUGUUCCUGAACAUUGCUCUUUGUGCUUUGAAGAGCGGCGAUUUUCAAAAGGCUCUUACUGCUGCUACAGAAGUCGUCCACGACUCCGCGGCCGACGACAAGAGCAAAGCUAAGGCAUUGUAUCGUCGCGGUUUGACCUACUACAACUUGAAGGAUGCCGAAAUGGCCCUCACGGAUCUCGAAUUUGCUACAACCUACCAGCAGAACGAUGCUGCUAUUCUAAAAGCCAUCACAGACGCCAGGAACCUGAAAAAGACCCAGGUUGGCAAACAGAAGAAAGCAUUUUCCAAGAUGUUCUCAUAA